CACAACGUUCUGCACAUCUUGUGGAUUCUCCUCUAUCAUGCAGGUGUACAUAGCUGAGACAGACUUAUCAGAAAAGACAAAAGAGUGGAAGUUGGUUUCACUGUAUGCACUGACAAGGAAGGACAUUUGUUUGUUUUUUCGACAUACAUCCACUGGACUCCAAAAGCUGGCUGAGGAAGUAUACAGUGAGGAGUCAUCUUUUGGGGGACGUCUAUUUUAGGAUGCAUGUUCCUCACAUUUUCCCUGGCCACCUUUUCCCUGGGAUGUAGUGAGGAUUGAUGGUUCAUACAGGCUUUUCCCCUAAACAUCUGCUGACUCUGGAAACCUGGCAUCAUGCCAGUGAUGAAGGGACUGCUGGCACCCCAGAACACCUUCCUGGACACCAUCGCCACUCGUUUUGAUGGCACUCACAGCAACUUCCUCCUUGGGAAUGCUCAGGGUAACCGUGGCUAUCCCAUUGUGUACUGUUCCGAUGGAUUCUGUGAGUUGACGGGGUUCGGACGAACAGAGGUGAUGCAGAAGAACUGCAGCUGUCAUUUCCUAUAUGGCUCAGGCACGAGUGAGCAGGUUACUCAGGGUGUGGAGAAAGCACUGGAGAGCAAGGAAGAGUACCAGGCUGAGGUGCAGUUCUACAAGAAGAAUGGAAGUACUUUCUGGUGUCUGUUGGACAUUGUGCCCAUUAAGAAUGAGAAGGGGGAGAUGGUGCUUUUUCUGUUUUCAUUCAAGGAUAUCACAGAAGCAAAAGACAAGAGUCAAAACAGCAGAACUGAUGAUAAUAAGCCAUACAAAAGGACCACCGGAAAUUCUAAUUUCAGUAAAGCCAGAAGGAGGGGUCAUACCAUGAUUUACCAGUUAACCAGCCAGUUUACCCGUGACAGCAAAAAUGAUGUCAACUUAAGCCGGGACAUGUUUGAAAAACCAUCCCUGCCUGAGUACAAAGUGGCAGCAGUCCAGAAGUCUCGAUUCAUCCUGCUGCAUUAUAGUGUGUCCAAGGCAUUGUGGGAUUGGAUGAUUCUACUGGCUACAUUCUAUGUUGCUGUGACCGUGCCGUACAAUGUGUGUUUCACAGCGUACAGUGAUCUGGAGACUGCAGGCAGGAGCACGAUAGUUAGCGACAUCGCAGUGGAAAUGCUUUUUAUUCUGGACAUCAUUCUUAACUUUCGCACCACCUACGUGAGUCAAUCAGGGCAGGUGGUGUACGAGCCUCGCUCCAUCUGUCUGCAUUAUGCUACCACGUGGUUCUUCGUGGAUCUGGUGGCUGCGCUGCCCUUUGACCUGCUCUAUGCAUUUAACAUUACUGUUACGUCUCUAGUGCACCUGCUGAAAACUGUGCGAUUGUUGCGUCUGUUAAGACUGCUGCAGAAGUUGGACAGAUACUCACAGUACAGCGCCAUGGUACUAACGCUGCUCAUGUCGAUGUUCGCUCUGCUGGCUCACUGGAUGGCCUGCAUCUGGUACAUCAUUGGACGCAAAGAGAUGGAGACCAAUGCCAAUGGAGCCUGGGACAUAGGCUGGCUAUAUGAGCUGGGCAGGCGUUUGGACAAGCCCUAUUUCAACAGUACGGUUGGUGGUCCUUCGGUUCGCAGUGCCUACAUCGCCUCUCUGUAUUUCACCUUGAGCAGUCUGACCAGUGUGGGCUUCGGCAACGUUUGUGCCAACACUGAUGCUGAGAAGAUUUUCUCUGUUUGUACUAUGCUCAUUGGGGCUCUCAUGCACGCUGUGGUGUUUGGGAAUGUAACAGCCAUCAUCCAGCGCAUGUACUCACGUCGCUCACUAUAUCACACGCGCAUGAAAGAUCUGAAGGACUUCAUUCGUGUUCACCGGCUGCCACAGCAGCUAAAACAACGCAUGCUGGAAUAUUUCCAGACCACCUGGUCUGUGAAUAAUGGCAUUGAUGUCAAUGAGCUCUUGCAUGAUUUUCCUGAUGAGUUGCGUGCCGAUAUAGCCAUGCACUUAAACAAAGACAUCCUGCAGCUGCCUGUGUUUGAUGGUGCUAGUAGGGGCUGCCUGCGCUCGCUCUCCCUCCAUAUCAAAACCACUUUCUGUACACCGGGGGAAUAUCUCAUCAGACAGGGGGACGCGUUGCAGGCCAACUACUUUGUCUGUUCUGGGUCACUAGAGGUUCUAAAGGACAACAUGGUCUUGGCUAUUCUGGAAAAGGGCAGUAAUGGUGUGGAAGAACUGGCACCAGACCCAACUUCUAAAACCUGCUAG